UUCCACAUGCACCCAUCAUUUUAACUACUACACUCUCUUAUUUUGUAAAGCGCUUUUUAUUUUUAUUGUAGAUGGCUUCGAAGUGCAAUGCUUCACUGGUCCUCUUUCUAGCAUUUAAUCUUAUCUUUUUUACCAUGGUGAGUGGUUGCGGAACUUGUGGUAGCACUACCCCUAAACCAAAACCAAAGCCAAGUAAGACUUACUGCCCUAAAGACACCUUGAAACUAGGGGUGUGUGCUAAUCUGCUCGGCGGGUUGGUUGGAGUCCAAGUGGGUUCACCAUCUGUUAAGCCAUGCUGCACCCUUAUCGGCGGCCUUGCUGACCUUGAUGCUGCCGUUUGCUUAUGCACUGCUAUUAAGGCUAACGUUUUGGGGAUCAAACUUAAUGUGCCUGUGUCCCUCAGCUUGCUUCUUAAUGCUUGUGGCAAGAAAGUCCCAAGUGGAUUCAAAUGUGCAUAACUUCAUUCAUCAGCUUGCUUCUCGUUUAUUUCCUUUCCAACUAUGAUCAUUAUAGAUCGUAUUAUAUGAAUGCCCAUUUUAAAUUUGUGUGAAUCAAUUGAAAAAGUGUUGCAAUAAAAUUUCGUUGAAUGUUAAAGAAAUAAUAAGUUAUGAUAAACAAAAUCUUUUGUGUUGA